AUGGCGUCGCCAAACGCUCUCCUCAGAUGGUUCGCCCUGCCCAUCGCCGGUGCUCUCGCUGUUGAUGCCUCUAUUUACGACGUCAAGGGCGGCUCGCGCGCCGUCAUCUUCGACCGCUUGACUGGUGUGCAGGAAAAGGUGGUCGGCGAGGGAACGCAUUUCCUGAUUCCCUGGCUGCAGAGGAGCAUCAUCUACGACGUGCGAACCAAGCCCAGGAAUAUCUCCACGACGACCGGCUCCAAGGAUUUGCAGAUGGUCAGCCUGACGCUGCGUGUGCUGCACCGUCCCGAGGUCCCGAACCUGCCCAAGAUCUACCAGUCUUACGGUACUGAUUACGAUGAACGUGUGCUCCCCUCCAUCGGAAACGAAGUCCUCAAGGCCAUCGUCGCCCAGUUCGACGCCGCCGAGCUCAUCACCCAACGAGAGGCCGUGUCGAACCGCAUCCGCACCGAUCUCAUGCGCCGCGCUGAACAGUUCAACAUCGCCCUCGAGGAUGUAUCCAUCACUCACAUGACUUUCGGCAAGGAAUUCACCCGCGCCGUUGAGCAGAAACAGAUUGCCCAGCAAGAUGCCGAGCGAGCCCGCUUUAUCGUCGAGCGCGCUGAGCAGGAGCGUCAAGCCAACGUUAUCCGCGCAGAAGGUGAAGCCGAGAGUGCCGAUAUCAUCAGCAAAGCUGUUGCCAAGGCCGGUACUGGUCUGAUUGAAAUCCGUCGCAUUGAUGCCAGCAAAGAGAUUGCCGCCACGCUGGCCGCCAACCCCAACGUUACUUAUAUUCCCGGUGGUGAGGGCAAAGAGGGAGGCAAAGGCACGAGUAUGCUUUUGGGUUUGAGAAGUUAA